UUUUCUAUCAAAACAGGCGCAUAGCUAUAUGCAUGAAAAUCUGUACUUUCAGAACAAUACAAUCAACAAACAAUUGUUCGUCAGCACCACAAGUACUUCAUAGCGUUGAAAUAAUUUUGAAACUGAAUAGGUACCUAUCGCGACAAAUUCUUAGCACGUUGAAAAGCGAAAAAUAUGUUAUUUCUCCUCGUUUUUGUCUCAAUACAUGAAAUAGUAUUCAGUUUCGAGUACCCUCCAGAUCAUACACCUCGACUAUGCGAAGACAAUAUCAGAUAUGAUUUCAUAGUAUGCGGAGCUGGUAGCGCCGGAGCCACUUUAGCUAGUCGACUCAGCGAAGAAUCCAGUUGGAAUAUUUUAUUACUAGAACGUGGGUCGGAUCCUGACCACAUAACUGAAAAUCCAAACGAAUGGUAUAACGUGUUAAAAAGCGAUAUCGACUACAAGUAUAUUUCCGAGCCGGAUGAAAAUCUAUACAAAGGAUUAGAAAAAGGAGUAUCUCAUAUUUCAGCGGGCAAAGUAAGCGGGGGCAGUUCGACGAUAAAUUUAGGAAUGUAUUUAAGAGGACACGAAAAAGAUUUCAACGAUUGGGAAAAACACAUGUGUACCGGAUGGAAUUACGAAUCCGUACAGAGAUAUUUCCUCAAAUCGGAAAAUUAUCACGCGGUAGGACGACUAGAUAGUUCUAUUCAUGGCGUGGGAGGUCCAUUGACCGUAACCCCAUUUCAUACAGUUGACCCCGCAGUGGAUGUUUUUGAUGCUGGGUUACAAGAAUUGCAUGCACCCAAGCUGAAGGAUUUAAAUGGACCCAGGUAUAUCGGUUAUGGGCACGCAGAUGGCACCACGAAGCAUGGAUUACGUUGCAGUACUUUCAAAGCUUACAUAUCGCUGACUAAAUUGAGAAAGAAUUUCUUUUUCGCUCGUAACGUGAUGGUAAGAAAGGUAAUAUUCGAUCCUACUUUCAAAACAGCCAUCGGAGUUGAAGUGCUGAAACCGAAUGGAAAAAUAUGCCUAGUGAAAGCAUCCAAAGAAGUGAUCCUGUCAUUAGGAGCGAUUGCCUCGCCUCAAUAUCUGAUGCUUUCUGGUAUCGGACCAGCGAGCCAUCUGAGAUCGAUGCGAAUACCAGUUUUAGCCAAUUUACCAGUAGGUACCAUGUACGAGAAUCACGUUUGUUUCCCAGGACUAAUGUUCUCGGUAGAGAAAGAACGUUCGUCGAUGGAAAUAAAACGACAAUCGAACGAUUUAAUCCGACGCACCGAGGAACUGACCAGCAAAGGUAUCAGUACCAUUGGCCUAACCGAAUUCGUAACUUUCAUCAAUACAAAAACCGACGGAUCUUCUUAUCCGGAUGUACAACUGAUGGCUAUGAGAAUUCCCUACAAAACCAUGACGCGAACGAAUAACAAACGAGGCAAAUUAUACAAUUUAUUCGGUUUCUCAACGGCAACCGAAUCCAUAUUCAAAGAGUGGAACGACGAAAGCGACAUAAUCAUGGUAUUCGUAAUCCUCACAGACAGUAUUAGCAAAGGAUACAUUCAACUCAACUCUACACAUCCCGAGGACCAGCCAAGAAUCAAAGCGAAUUUCCUUCGUUACCAAAAAGAUAAAGACACUUUACUCGAUGGUAUUAAAUUCGUCGAGAAUCUCUCGAAAACUAAAUCGUUUCAAAACGCCGGAUACAUUUUGGAGCACAUAGAAUACCCCAAGUGUAAAGAUUAUCCUUCCAAUAGUGAUAAAUAUUGGGAAUGCGCCAUUUGUCAGGUCGCCACAGGAUUCCAUCAUCCGGCUGCAACUGUCCGAAUGGGUGCCGAAGACGAUCCUUCGACAGUGCUAAAUCCUCGUCUUAAAGUAAAAGGAAUCAAUAACUUGAGAGUAGUAGACGCCUCCAGUAUGCCCAAAUUAAUUUCACGUAAUUUAAACGCGGCAGUUAUCAUGAUGGCUGAAAAAGCUGCCGAUAUAAUAAAAGAAGAUUAUGGCAAACCGAUAGAUUACUACGCCAAUGUACGAACUACGAGAUCUCACAGCGUCAUAUGUCAUGUUUCCUUUAGUUGUUUUAUCGUCGAGGCGUACGUGAUUUUGAAAACAUAUUUUUCCUCUUGAAACUUUGUACUUAUUAAUUUCAUGCAAUAAUACACAUAUAUACCUACCUACAUUUAGCUUAUCGAAUAAAUCAUUUAUCAAGGCCUAAAUUUCAAUAUAAUAAACGCGUAAAUGGAAAAUUUCAUUCCUACGCAAAGAAAUCGUACUAUACAUGACAUGAUGGCACCUCGGGUCAGAAUCCAGUAAACAGUUCAUUAUUUAUCUAUAAACGACACGUUGUCUUCUUUAAAACCCAUUUCCCAAGAAAAAAAUUAACAUGUUUUUGAUAUCGCGACCUGAUACAUGUAUAAACCCAAUAUUGUUUGAAAAGCUUCGAAGUUCUUUUAUACUCGUAUAAUUACAUUUCAAUACCUACUUUAAUUGAUACGACAGACAAGUAACAAAAAUUUUAUCAAUUUUUUUAAUUAAUGAGAUUUCACGUCGUCGUUCCCUAUCCCUACCGAAACGUCUAACCAUUUUCCCAUUUCAUCAUUGUCUAAAUUUACCAAAUACGUAAAGUCACGUUUACAUUCGAUAUAAAAAGUCAAAUCGGCUUGAUCAAAUUUUCAUAACGAAGUUGACGUGAAUCGUGUUGGUAUUUUUUGUGUUUGAGCAGAAACAAAUAAAAGGCAACAAAAUG